UCCCAAUCUCCGCCCCAUCCGCCGUCGUCCUACGCUCAUCUCCGGUGCCCGCAGCUCUCCUCCCCAUCUUUCCCAUGGCCAUGGCGCUCCCCCUCGCCUAUGCGUCCUCCGUCGUGCAUCCUUUUGAAGCAGGAAGGCUAUCUUUCAGCACCAAGGCCACCAAGCAUAAGAAACAGAUAUAUCAGUUCCGAAAAGUUACAAAGGUUCUGGCAUACUAUGGCCUAACAAACCCUCCGUAUAAACUUGAUGCAUUGGAACCAUACAUGAGCAGGAGAACACUGGAACUGCACUGGGGCAAUAUUCAUCGAGGUUAUGUAGAUAGCUUGAAUAAGCAGCUUGCUAACAGCCCAUUGUAUGGUUGCACAAUGGAGGAGCUUAUCAAAACCACAUUCAACAAUGGCAACCCAUUACCAGAAUAUAAUAAUGCUGCCGAGGUUUGGAACCAUGAUUUCUUCUGGGAAUCAAUGCAACCUAAUGGUGGAAGGUUGCCAUGGGGAGGUGUGCUUGACCAGAUUGAAAAGGACUUUGGCUCAUUCUCUAACUUCCGAGAUGAAUUUGUACAUUCAGCUAUGAUGCUUUUCGGAUCUGGCUGGGUGUGGCUUGUCUUGAAAACCAAUGAAAGAAGACUUUCGAUAGUUAGAACAUCAAAUGCACUUUGUCCACUUGUUUGGGGUGAUAUUCCAAUCAUCAGCCUGGACAUGUGGGAGCAUGCAUAUUACUUGGACUACAAGGAUGACGUGAGCAAAUAUGUUAAUAACUUCAUGGACCAUCUUAUCUCCUGGCAUUCAGCCACAGCACGUAUGGUUCGUACCGAGGCUUUUGUAAAUCUUGGAGAGCCAAAGAUUCCAGUUGCAUGA